AUAAUUUUGAAUAAUAAAUACCUAGUAUAACAAAAUGUGUAAGCACAUCCUUAACGCCCAAGUUGCAAUCAGAGCCUCUUGCUGAAAGAAAUGGUUCGAUUGUGCAGAGUGCCAUGCUGAGAGCCAAGACCAUGAAAUCCAAAAAGACUUAGAGAUGGUUUUCGUCUGUAAGAAGUGAAAGAAAGUCUUCAGAAAGAACAUGGAGGAAUACGAAGAAGCUGACGAGUACUGCCCCAACUGCGAUAACCACUACUACAUCGAAGCAGAGACUCCAGAAAGCAAGGGAAAAUUGGUCCUGGAAUUCGAGGCCAAGAAAGGCCAUGAACAUAAGCUCUAUAAAGAUGAAAGAGAGAAAGAGAGAGAAAGAACCCUCAUGGACUAUGCUGAUAUAGUUAUCUCUGACGAAGAUGACGAUUUCUAGUAAUCCAGAGUCCGUAUUCACAAUUAAUCCCUAAGUUUCUACUUUAAGUGGUU